AAUACACCUAAUUUAGCUCAGUCAAUACAAAUUCAUAUAUUUUUUUGAAUUGACGAAGAUUUCGUAUCUUUUUUUUGGUAAAAAUGUGUAAGUUCAAUAUUUAUUUGACCGUGUUUUUUGGGCCUAAUAUUGGCCCAAAAAUGAUUUCUGUAAACAAAAUAAAUGUCGGUUAAAUGAAAAUUAAUAUUGAUUAAAAAUACACCUAAUUUAGCUCAGUCAACAAAAAUUUAUAUGUUUUUUGGAUUGACGAAGAGUUCGUACCUUUUUUUGGUAAAAAUAUGUAAGUUCAGUAUUUAUUUGACCGUGUUUUCUCUGCCCAAUAUUGGCCUUAACAUAUAAGAUACACCGUCAUAAUUGAUUUAUGCGAGCAAAAUAAAUGCCGGUUAAGUGAAAAUUAAUAUUGAUUAAAAAAUACACCUAAUUUAGCUCAGUCAAUACAAAUUCAUAUGUUUUUUUGAAUUGACGAAGAGUUCGUACUUUUUUUUGGUAAAAGUGUGUAAAUUCAAUAUAUUUUUGACCGUGUUUUCUCGGGCCAAUUUAGUCCAAACAUAUAAAAUACAUCGUCAUAAUUAAUUUCUGUGAAUAAAAUAAAUGUCGAUUAAGUAAAAAUUAAUAUUGAUUAAAAUACAUCUAAUUUAGCUCAGUCAAUACAAAUUCAUUGACGAAGAAUUCAUACCUUUUUUCGGUAAAAAUGUGUAAGUUUAUUAUUUAUUUGACUGUUUUCUCACCCUAAUAUUGGUCCAAGUAUACCGUCGUAAUUAAUUUCUGCGAAAAACAUAAAUGUCGGUUAAAUGAAAAUUAAUAUUAAUUAAAAAUACAUCUAAUUUAGCAUAGUCAAUACAAAUUCAUUGACGAAGAGUUGGUACUUUUUUUUUGGUAAAAAUGUGUAAAUUUAUUAUUUAUUUGACUGUUUUUUACACCGCAAAAUUGGCCCAAACAUAUAAAUAAGAUACGAUACACCGUCGUAAAAUCAUAUAAUCCUUGAGUGGUAAUAUUUACGAAUAUUUUUGGUCCAUUCUCACAAAAUAGUUUGAACUCUCUUCUCUCUCAGAGCAAUGGCGAAACUCUUCGGUUUUCCAAUUAACGUCGAAGAAGACGGUGGACGUGGUGGUGGUGGUGGUAGCUCAACCAAUGCGGAGGCUUCUCGAUCUGCCAUGAACUUAUCCGCCGGCUUGCCUCAGAGAGAAACCAAUCCAUAUCCCCGUUUCUCAGAGUCUGGAUCGUCCCCUAUGGAUUCGGAAUCGAAUCUGGAGAACUCCUUCAUCGAUUUCUUCGGUAGAGAGUCGCACGAGAUCGAGACGGCCGGGCGGAAUCAGAUGCAACGUGUCUCGCGUGGUGUAGACAUGGAGGAGGAUGGGGAGAUUGAUUUAAGGCUCGGAAUCGGGUCCGGGGCUGGGUCGGGUCAGAUACGGUGUGAUUCGGUUACAGGGGAUAAGGAAACUGAUUCGGGUCGGGUCGAAGCUGGUACGGAUCUUAUUGAAGAGCUCUUUUGCGCGGAGGAGGAAGAAGGCAUGUUGAUGGCUGAUGACGAAGUACUCGAUUGGGAAUUAGAUCCUGUCCAACCUACUAGUCAUGUGGAGGAAGGAGAUGAAUUGGCGUUACCUGUUAACAACUAUGCUCUACUUGAAGAUUUUAACGAAGAAGCUCUAGACGAUUUCAUGAUGGGCGUUUUUGAAGGCAGUUCUAUUAUGGAUGUGACUUACGAAGACAUUCUAGCUAUUUUUCCUGAACCCGGUGGUGACGACCAUGUAGAUUACUUUGAUGUUUUUGUGCAACCAUUCGAUCAAGAGCCUUCGGUCAUGGCAAGUCCUCCCGCGUCCAAAAGGGUUGUUGAUGAGCUUCCUGUUGUGGAGAUCACCUCUGAGGAACUGAGCAGCGGGAACAUUGCUUGCGCGAUCUGCAUUGGUGAUUUUGUGGUGAAGGAGAAAGUUUCUAGGCUUCCUUGUUGGCAUUACUAUCAUGGAGAGUGUAUACUACCUUGGCUAGAGAUGAAGAACACAUGCCCGGUUUGUCGGUUUGAGCUUCCUACUGAUGAUCUUGAGUAUGAAAGGAAUAGGAGAGAUCAUAGAGGCUAGGGAUUUUAAUGUAUGAGUAGAUGAUGUAGUUGUCCUUUUUUAUCUUUCGUUAUAGUGUGUCUCUUCUGAUUCUGAUUUGUUAUGAUGAUAAUGAUGCUGUACAUACUGGGUGUAGAAAGAUAUAUAUAAAUGGGAAAUAAAGAAACUUUUGCAUCUA